ACUUCCUACAUAAAUUUAAUAAGUGUUUUUUUCCUCUUCGGAUGCAAAUUUGUGUUUUGGUCAAACCUAGGCAUUCACAUACAUACGUAUGUACAUUUCGCAACUUUGACAAAUUUCAACUUAAUUAAAGUUGUGAUCGAUGCACAAUAAAUAUAUUUAGACAUAAUUUAGUCAAAGUCUGUGGGCAUACGCUGGGAAACCUCGAUUGUGUGAUUUGCAUGGAAAAACCUGCAUUGUAAGCGCGUAUAUGAAAUAUUAAUUUACGAACAAUAAACUUUGUUCUGAUGCAAUUUACAACCUAUUGAUAAAAACUUGGACGUACUUAACGUCUCCAUUGACGCAAACCUAUCUAAUUGCUGAAUUCGUGACCGUGAAUUUUUUAUUAACACUCCGUCAACUUGUUUUUCUGUCACGUUUUGAGUUCCUGUAUUUUGAAGGGUUUGUGACAUUUAAGCAAAAGGUACAUGCAUACAUAUGUAGGUCUCAAUAUUAAAUGUAUACGUGCAAACUUUAAACCAUCAUUGAAAGUAAUUAUGCCUUGCAUAAAUAUUUUUAGAAACGUAUUAAUUUUUAAUGAUCUUUUUUCAACAGUAAACUGAACGAACUUGGCCCGAAGAUGAAGAUUAUUCUCGUUAUGAUCCUUCUCGGGAUGUGCAUGAAUACCCAGGGUAAAAAUGAGACGAUAUCAAAAACUGGGAAGGUGGUUCAUGGUUUGGUGGAUAAACUGGAGGACAUUUUAGGCCCUGAUAGUAGCACGAGCACAAAUACUUCUCCCGAAGUGCCACCUGGUCACAGCAAUAACGGAAACUCUUCCGAGGAAGAGGAUUAUGAUCAUGUGAAGGAUUAUGUGGCCGAUGGUAAUCAAGUUGGAGUAGUAAAUGUUAAUGUCGAAGACUCUGGCAAUGCCCCGACGGACAAGGACCCUUAAUAUCCGUGAAGGACCUUCAUACAAAGAUGUACUCCGGCCAGUAAUGAUUUAAUCCCAGUUUUUCAACAAUGUACAUAUGUAAUUUAGCAAAAUAAUGAAUUAAUCAAUUAUUAAUCAAUUAUUAUUGUGUCGGGCAUCAAAUAAGAACUGUGU